CGGUACCACCGUAGCUGUUGGUGCAGUGGACUGUAUUCUGAAGUUUUUGUGGAUAAUUCUGUGGAAGGUUACGGGCUCGAUCAGAUGCAGCUGGAUAAGUUACUGGAAGCAGCAAUUAAAGCAAUAUCGAAGUAAGCAGUGAACAACACCAACAUUUCAGAGCUCGGUGUGAAGUAAAUAAAGAGAGUGCCCUUAGUGGAAUAAUCUAGCGCAGCGAGGACAGCUUUAGCGACAGCACCAGGAUGGGCAAUCGUGAUGAUGAAUAUGAUUAUUUAUUCAAAGUCGUGCUGAUCGGAGACUCGGGUGUCGGAAAAAGUAACUUACUAUCAAGAUUUACUAGAAAUGAGUUCAAUUUGGAAUCGAAGUCAACCAUAGGAGUGGAAUUUGCUACUAGAAGUAUAGAGGUCGAUGGAAAAACAAUUAAAGCCCAGAUUUGGGACACCGCUGGGCAGGAACGCUACCGAGCAAUCACAUCGGCGUACUAUCGGGGUGCGGUAGGUGCUCUGCUUGUGUACGACAUUGCCAAGCAUUUGACUUACGAGAAUGUCGAACGAUGGUUGCGAGAGCUACGCGAUCAUGCCGAUCAGAACAUUGUUAUCAUGCUCGUCGGAAACAAGUGCGACUUGCGGCACCUCCGUGCUGUACCUACGGACGAGGCGAAGGGUUUUGCAGAACGUAACGGACUCAGCUUCAUCGAAACGUCAGCCCUAGAUUCGACUAAUGUUGAAACUGCAUUCCAAAAUAUACUCACAGAAAUUUACCGAAUUGUAUCGCAAAAGCAAAUCCGGGAUCCACCGGAAGGUAGCGUGAUUAGACCGAACUUGGAGAACAUCGACGUCAAGCCGACCAAUCCAACGACUGAUUCCGUGCGAAAACAAUGCUGCCAGUGACCGCCACAAGCAGAAGAGAUGUCCGUUCAUGAUGCUGCGUUUUCAGUAAUAACAUCAUCCAGCACUACUACUACUACUACAGCUACAGAUAGUACUGCAAGCACUACUACUACUGCUACCGCCACUACGGUUACUGCAUCUAAUAUACCAGAAAAAGCUAAAAUUAAUUACAAUAUUGCUCCAAAUGAAACUAUAUCUAUUACCGCUACUACUACCACAAGAAAAACAUCAAAGACCGUCAUCGUCCGCAAUGGCACUAUGGCAAAUGCAGGUGCACGCAACGAGAUCAAGCUUACCAGCUACCAACAGGAGGAAGGGUAUAUAGAGAAACAUGAUAAGUCUAUCCGCACCUCGUAGACCACGGACGGUUGAUAGUUACAGUGACACUAAAAAGCUUCUAAUUUGAGGCGUGUUCUUGUGUGUCUAAUGGCAAUUUUUCCGGAGCACUGUUUUGAUUUUGCCAAUUCCCCUAGCGCGGAAUGUAGGUGCGAGCAUUUUAGAGAAACAAAUUUUUGCUAGGCUACGAAAGAAAGUUAAUGAUUUCCGUUUGUUUCUUAUUUCAUUUUUUUAUUUUUCGCUUCGAUUUUUCGAUUGGAAAUGGGAGAUCGAGAACUGUUGAAUUCUAAAGCUUAAUUUGUUAAACGGAUGCUCAUUUACCGCAUAGAUGUACACCGGUAGGGUAAAGUACUGUAAUGCUAUGCCAAAAUGCCCUGGAUAAUUUAUUUACUGUUACGAUUGUGUGUAUUUCGCAUUUUGCAGAAUGCAUUAAUGAUAAAAUCAAGCUGUGUGCGGCAUACGGACGGUGUUGGAAGAACAAAAAACGGAAAUGCUAGUGAUCAUUUUUAAUCUCUCUUUCAUAAACAAAAAGAGAGAAUCCCGAAGUAAUCAAAUGUGAACAAUAGAAAAAUGUUUUUUUCCAUAAAUAUUGAAGAAGUGUAUCGAAUCAUGUAUAUGAUGUAUAAGAAAAUCAAAUACAUGUUUCAUUACAAUACCAGGAAAUAUAUAUAACAUUAUAUAAUUCAAACGGUGAGUGUCAGUUAUCCUUCAUUUAACAAGGAAAUCCGCAGUUGGGUACAUGCGGUAGAUAAAUUGCAUUACAAUACUCUUCAACUAAAGUCGUCGAAUGGGUGGGGUUGCACAUUUCCGCAAUUAAAUGAUGUUAAAGCACUACAUUUCGUUGGUGCACGGUUGAAUAGCAAUCAUCAUGACGAAUAUCGUUUCGAUGCGUUGCGCAUUCGAUUUCCAUCAGGCCUGCAGAUAGUUGAUUCGGGUCAGAAGCUAUGAACGUUGGACUAACAUCUUCGCUUCGUAAACGAUUUGUCGCAUCAGCGUGCACUUUGUGCUUUUUGUGUGUAUAGAAAAGCAUAAUCGAUAGAGAAGGUCCAAAACUGGCGGUAAUUACAAGGAUGAGAGACAUGGCAGAAAAAAAAACAGGAUGCUUUGUUGUGUGAUGGCUUAAACAAAUCAAAACAAAAUAAGUAAUAGAAGUGUUUUAAUGUAAGGAAAAUAUCACUAGUAAAUUUUUGUUUUCACUUAAAGUUCGAAAUAAAAAAGAACGAAGUACGAAUG